GUUUGUGUUCCAUGUCAGUUGGGGUUUAUAUUUGGAACGGACGGAAGGAAGUUUAAACAAAAAAAGAAAGAGUGUAGUACAUUAUUUCUAAGAUAUCUAUCUAAUUAAUAGACAUUAUCAUUAUGAAAAUAAACGAGAAAAACCUGUCCGCAUUCGCUGUGUCCGCGACGCCGGUCGACAAAGAAGGAUAUCUAAACAAAAGAGGAGAAAUGAAUAAGAACUUUCAACGGCGUUACUUCCUACUUAAAGGAAACCUGCUUUUUUAUUUCGAUAAAAAAGGUGAUAAGGAACCAGUCGGAGUUAUAAUCUUAGAGGGAUGUUCAAUAGAAUUGGCAGAAGAUGAGGAACAAUUCUGUUUCAAAAUCGAAUUUCACGGCACAAAUAACAGGUGCUACAUUUUGGGUGCAGAAUCUCAGGAGUCCAUGGAACAAUGGAUGAAAGCUUUAGCUUGUGCAGGUUAUGAUUAUAUGAAACUAAUGGUUGCUGAGCUACAACGACAGUUAGAUGACAUAGAAGGUACAUAAUCAAAUUAAUUUGAUAGAGAUGUUUUAUAUAGAUUUACCUCAAGGUUAUACUUUGUACAUAGUAAUUUAACAAUGCUCCAGUAUUGUUAAAGUUGUAUCUUUACAGAAACACCUUUACCCUUACCACUAGCUCAAGGGACAAAUUCUCCAGUACCUCCUCCUAGGACAAGGCACAAUCCCUUUAAUAAACCAGAUCCACAUCAAAGGUCUCAUAGCAUGAGGUCUAUUGGUUCAAAUUCAAGUGGGGAAUAAACACAAUAUAUUUCAAAUGGUCCCAUAGAAAAAAGUUUAAUGUCAUCAAAUCAGGAGUUCUAGCAGCCCAUUCUAUAGGCCUUCUUUGCCCUAUCCAGUUAUCUGGAAACUCGUUGUCUAGGCAUUGCUGAACUGGAAGAACAGUAAAGGAGAGGAUAGCAAUAGGCUUUCUGAUCAAAUGACAUCUCCAACAUCUUCAAAAAUUAGUAUCACUUUCAGAGAGCUACAUAAUUCUUAUGGCAGGCCAAUACUAAAGGAUUUCAAUGUAUGGAAACAUGAAACAAGAGAGAAAAUGGACAAUGUCGAAAACCUUAUUAGCUUUUAGGAUUAUACCAAAGAAUUGGUUUGCUUUUUUCAGUAGAGUAGUUUAUUUAUUUUAUUGAAUAUGUAUUUAUAUAUUUAUUUGUGAUAAUAAAAUUAAAUUUUUUUUACAAAUAUCACUGAA